CGGCCACCUUAGACACCAACAGCGACCAUGUCCAAUCCAGGUUAACUCCCCCCUCCUCCCCUUUAGCCAAAGCAGUCCUUCCCCCCCUCCCCUAUUAAGGCAAAUGGUCUGUGUGAGCAGCGGCCGGGGCGUAUAAAUGGGACGCGGAGCCGACAGACUGUAAUGCUGCGCCGGGUGCGGCAGUCUCUCCGGCAGGUGCUGUUUCUGAUGGCCCGGAGACCGGCUCUACUCUGCGGGACUAUCGUGCUCGGCGUCCUGCUCUUACUGGCCGUCAAGUUCACAUGCAGCCGUGCUAAAGAUGUGGUGGCAGCCGCUCGGCCUCCGGUGCGUUUCUUCUCUGCAGAGGCCCCGGUAGUGGACCUCUACUUGGGUCAGCUCGACCAGGUGGAGCGUCUCCGGAGUGUGGCGGAGGUUUCCCUCAUCUUCUUCUAUGCACCGUGGUGUGCUCACUCCAUGGCUGCCCGCCAGGAAGUGCAGCAGGUGGCCAAGAAACUGGCCAAACAGGUGCAGUUUGUGGCCGUUAACUGCUGGUGGAAUCAUGGGAAAUGCAGGAAGCAGAACCGUUUCUAUCAGUACCCGAUCAUCCAUCUGUUUUAUAGAAGGUUUGGGCCGAUAGAAUACAAGGGUCCAUUUGUGGCUCCAUAUGUGGAAAGUUUUAUUCUCAGAGUCAUCACGCCGCUCACGUACCUCCCGUCAAGAGCCACAGUGGAAGAGUUCCUCUCCUAUCACGAGCCUCGAGUGGUGGGUUUCUUCCAGUUUAACUCCUCUCCUCAGCCGCCGGGGUACAUCACCUAUCUGUCCUCUGCUCUGCAGGCCCUAAAAAGGGAUUUCCGUGGUGUUGUGCGUUUUGGGGUUGUAACCAACAAACUGGUGGCAGAUGCCAUCUCACUAAAAGAAGAUGAAACGGUUUAUCUUUACAGAAGAUUUAACUCCCCUUUGAUUUUCCCUCGAAGGGAACGCAACUUCACAUCAGAGGCCAUCUGUAGCUGGGUGUUUGAACACCACGAGACCGUCCUCCAGUGGCUGCAGCCUCCAGGAACAAAGUCCCGUCUUCUGGAGCACGAGCUAACUAAAGGUCCUGCACUGCUGCUGUUCCUGCCGCACAAUCCACUCGGGUCCAAACCCAAUCCAUUACUACAGCAGGUUGCAGACAUUGCUGUGCGUUACCAUUCCUGUGUCAACAAUAACCACGGUUUCUCCUCCAACCCGCUGUGCUGCCAGUCGGUUCUCCUCCCAGAGUCCAGUACCAGUGUGUGCGAGGUCUGCCUCAGUUCGUCACGGUCGAGCCUGACCAGCUCCUCCGUACGCUGCUCUUUCUCCUCCUCCACGGCUCAGGGAGGAGACAUGUUGCAGGAUUAUCUCAGACACUGCUGCCUACACCAACUACCUGCUGUGUCCAUCAAAACCACAACCUCAGCGGGCUGUACCAACUUUCUGAACAGCUACAGCCCAUUCAGUCAAUACAGUGCCUGCUGCAGAAAAGUAGAACCUCAACUCAAUGAAUCACAAGCCAAAGAGGAGCCGGACUUGCAGGGAGCUCCCCUCACACCUCCUCCUUCCUCCACCCCUCCGUCCUCCGCCCCGGAGCAGGGUGGAGACGGCAUCACAGGGCUGCGGUGUCAGACCAACAGGACGCUCAGGUUUUAUGUGCUGGAUGUCGCUCUGAACUGGCCUCUGGCGGUGAGGCUCGGGGCGACAGGCAACAGGAGUGCUCCUCCUCACCAGGGCGCCGGUUCACACGGCGACGGGUCGUUUGCAGCGAUUGUGAACCUGAAGGAUGAGGUUCAUUACGUUCUCCACCGCAGCCCAGCAUCCACGCUGACAGAGUCUCUGGAGGCCUUCAUCAGGAACUUCAGUGCUCCAUACAGCCUCCUACAGAGACACCUGGUGGGAGAAGAAGAGAGGAGAGGAGGAGGAGGAGGAGGAAGGGAGGAGGAGACCGGGCAGCACUCGCCUCCACGCCUCCUCAUCAAGGAACUGACCACUUCCUCCUUCCUGCCCUCCGUCAUGGACCUCCAGAAGGAUGUGCUGCUGUUCUACUACACUCAGUGGUGUGGAUUUUGCUCCGUUCUCAACCACGUCAUCAUCCAGCUGGCCAGAUUGUUACAGGGAAACAGCACCAUCACUGUGGCCAGGGUGAAUGUUGCGCGUAAUGAUCUUCCCUGGGAGUUCAUGGUGGAUCAUGUUCCCUCUAUUCUUCUGUUUCCCAAAUACAGAAAACACUCAAGUGUGAAGUUUCCCGAGGACCUGCCCAUCACGUUGCCCAACCUGCUUCGCUUCAUCCUGCAGCACUCCGGCUCCGUACAAUAUGCAGACAAACUGGUUCCAGCUUCCAGCGAGGCUGACGGUCUAGGACCCGGUUCCAUCCUCCGCGCGGAGUUCCUGGCUCUCCAGCGGGAGGUUCAAGCGCUGCGUCACGCCCGCGAACGUCUCUCCCAACAGCUGGCGCAGCUGUGGCGCGACAACCGACGGCUGACGUUCGACGCCCUCAGCUUGGAAGCCGAGAACACGGAGCUGAGGAGGGAACGGCAGAGCUUGGAGGAACAGCACCGGGAGAAGAGCCGGCAGCUCGGGGAGGCGGUGAGGAGGCUGCAGGAGCUGGCGGACACCUCGGAGAGCCUGCUGAACGAGAACACACUGCUCAGGGUCCUGCUGAGGGCGCUGAAGGACAGGACAGAGUUCAAAGAGCAGGCAGAGGUGGAGAGGAAAGAGGCAGAACAGAGAAGAAGCCACAUGGCCUCCUGACCACAAGUCUGCAGGGAGGAAAGAGGGCCAGGAAAAUGAAAGAAGGACUGAAAUGGAGGAGAAAAUUGAUGGAAUUAGACCUGAGAUAUGACCUGAUAGUUUCAUGUCAUGGAAAAGAGCGAAUGAGGAUGGAAUGACAGCUUUGAUCUGUCAGAAGAAAAUCUAAGCCUGCUGCUAAAUCGGGUAGGAAGUAAGGAAACACUUAAAAAGAGAAAGGAAACAAAGAAGUUGGAUGGGUAAACAGCAGUGUUUGUAGGAGACAUAAUGCUCCGAGGUGCUGUCGUCAUAGUGGGCGUAUCCACUCUUAGGAAUACACACUAGUAUGAGAAUUAAGUGCCAACUGUGCUUUCAAAAGUGUCAUUUUUGUUGAAAGGUGAAGGCGUAACCUGAGUUAAACGUUCUACACAGAACCUGCAGCCCAGUUCUCUACAUUCCCUGAGGAACCGUUAACUCUCAUACAAAAGAUAUUUGAAGAAUUUGUCUCAAAAAAGAGGAAAAUCAUUGACGCGGUUUAAAUAACCUGUAGCUUUCAGCAUCAUUUCCACAUCAUUCAUUAUAUCAUCAGAGUUGUUUUGGACUCACUACUUUUCUACAGUUUCUCUCUUUUCUUUUUUUUAAAGAGAAAUAUUGUUUUCAUUAUAGCUUUGGUUUUUGCAUUCUUAAUUACUUCCAGUUUUUCCUUCUUUGCCUUACUCCUGAUCAGUGUGACGCUUAUGAUUCAACACUUCCAGAUGUUUUUCACAUUAAAAGCCUAUCUAUGAAAGGAAUGAUGUCAGAAGAAGUUUGAUUCAUGGUAGUUUAAAGAAGAACACCACCUAAAUUAAGAAUUCUUAAUUCUUAAAUUUCUUGGCUUAUUAUAGUUAAACCAACAUUUGUGAGCAUUAGCUUCUCUCUCUCUCUCUCAAAUCCAGAAACAAGAGUAUAUUAAAUGUAUUAAGUAUGAAGUCUGGAGCUGCUCCAUUGACAAAUAAUGGAAGAUGAUUUUGACCCACACAAGGCAAUGCAUGUUUUGCUUUAUUCUAUUGCAGAAUUUUCCAUACUGACACGCUAAAACAGUAUGUGAUUUUUUAAUUUUUAUUAUGACCCAAACCUUAGUUUAAAACCAGUACGAGUUAUAUACUAUUUCCAAUAAAACUUAUUUUUAUGCAAAACUAGACAUUAAGCCGUCAUAAAUAUCCCAAAAUGCAAUGCGGUAGUGACAACAACGCUCAUAACGCAAUGUCAGACAGCUCUGUAACGUCAAUGAUGCAUUCAAAUAAAGUUUAAGUAUAAGAUGCCACUUUAUUAGGCCCUUAUAUAUUUUUCAAAUUAGUUUGGACUAUUUUAGACUACUUUAUUCACAAGUGAGCGAUAGUACACAUGUUGAUUAGUUUUUGGACUGUGUUAGACCAUAGGAGUGAUGUGAAUCAAUUUUGAAAACAGGCAUAUUUUAUCUUUAAUAUUGUUUAGGGGAAAAAGCAGAGUGUAGUGCCUGACUCUGGCUGAUUGAAUAAAUACUGUGGAAAAGUACAUUUAGGGAGAUUUAUCAGGACAAAAUGUAAAAGUGGAUGAGGGAGGGAGUAUUAGAAAUAAAGGCCUGGCUCUCUCCGCCACUGAGGGAACUAUAAAAGCCACUAUUAUGCUGCUAUACUGGCUGAGAGAAGAUGAUGAUGAUGUUUUCCCAUCAUGCUUUGCUCAUUAAUAUAUGUGCAGUGGUUUGUGAGUGUGAGACUACAGGUUAGUGAUGUGGAAUUUGGCUGCAGGGAGAGAGGCCUACGAAUGAAGCUGAGACUUAUUUAAUAUUAAAGAUGAGGCGUCUGCAUUUGAGCACUCUGAAUAAUUAGCAAAAACUUUCUUUUCUCUUUUUCUUUUUUUUAAGGGAUAUUGUUCUUUUGUUGAACUGAUCUAUUUUUACAGGAAUCCUCGAGUCACUAAAAUAUGAUUUCUUUGUAACUAUUCAGGUAUUGAGAAUGAGAUGCUGCAAUUGUUUACAUGUGAAAUAUUGCACCUGUUUUUACUGAUUAAAAAAA